AUGAGUCGUCCACAGAAGGCUCGUACCGUCCUUCGCGCGGCGGUGACACGGCUCUUCAACAAGUUGGAAGGCCUGCACAUCUCCGAUGAUCCAAACCUCAGCGAGAUCACCGAUAACGCUCAUCUGCUGGAACAAAAGGCUGAACAGUUGCGAGAGCUGGACUCCAAAAUCCAGGACGAAGUCAGCGAUGACGCGUUCGAAGAUGAGUAUACUACAGCCACACGUUACCAGGACGAUAUUUACCUUGCCGUGGCAAGAGCUCGUCGCAGUAUCGCGCCCAGUCCUACCGUCGCACCCGCUCCUCGUGAUCCUCACCAGCUUCCAUCCAGCAUUAGAACGGUCGCUCUUCCGAAGUUGCAGAUCCCCACAUUUGCGGGCAAGGCAGAGGACUGGCAAGCGUUUUGGGAUCACUUCCGAACCACAAUUCAUAACUGCGAAGCUUUGCCCAGAAUCGAAAAGUUUAAAUAUCUACUGUCCUACUUGUCGGGUCCAGCGAAACGUUCCGUCGAGGGAAUUUCCAUCUCUGAAGCGAAUUAUGACACGGCGAUCACGACUUUACAGAAUCGAUUCGGUCGACCAGCGGCGCUCGUAGAUGCUCACGUCGAUAAGCUGCUCAAUUUGCCCCCUGUAUCCUCGGCCAGAGAUGUAGAGAAGUUGCGAGAACUCUACGACACCAUCAUCUUUAGAACCGGUUGCUUACAGAAUCUUGGAGUUCCUCAGUCCCGUUACGCAGUCGUGUUGCACCGAGUAGUGAUGCGCUGCAUACCGGAAGAGCUGGCCGUCGAGUUUCGCCAGCGACAGCUCGAGAAAGCGCCCUCAAGUCCUCUUCAGCCGCCAUGCGCUGAGGGGCAGAUGUCAGACGAACGCUCCGAAACAGUUUCGAGCUUGCUGGCCUUUCUUCGCAGUCAUAUCGAGAGCCGAGAGGAUUGCAAGUUUGCUCAGCGUCGUGUAUCCCAACGGGAACCGCGGGAGCAGCGAUCCUGCCCCUCCCCGGAGCAGCCUGCCAGUUUCCCGACAGCCCUCUCACUAGCAGCCCGCUCGACAAAUCACCGUCCUCGUAAUUGUCCGCUGUGUAACAGCCCCUCUCACGCCAUUCAAGAUUGCCACGCAGCUGUGUCUUCCACCGACAAGCGUAGACUUCUCUCAGCCAAACGUUGCUGUUUCCGCUGCGGCAAAUACAACCAUGUCUCACGCGAAUGCCGUUCCUUCAGGUACCUAACGUGCUCCACCUGCGGCGAGCAUCACCUUUCCCUCCUCUGCGACAUCCAACGCGCCAGUUCUGAACGCUCCUCGCACACCGCAGUGCAGUACCGCGUCACCGAAAUCAAACGCCUCUCUGCCGGUCACACGUGGCGUCAUUGCCCCGGACAAGAGAACCCCGCGGAUCUUGUCACUCGCGGUGUGUCUGCUCAGCGACUCGCCGCCGAACCCCUGUGGUGGCACGGCCCACACUGGCUCACCAUGCAGGCAGACUCCUGGCCUUCUCGGCCCUCUUCAAGCUUAACUCCAGUCCCGCAAGAUGAAGAACGCGUCACGCAGACCACUGUCUGCCCCGCUCCCUCGCUCAGGUUACCGGCUAUUUUCGAUUUAGACCGCUACGGCAAUCUAAGCACGGUUCUCCGGAUUACCGCUUGGGUACGCCGCUUCGUCGCUAACGCUCGUCACACGGCGUCGCCCGUACGCGGUCCCCUAACCGCACGCGAGCUUGAUCAGGCAGAAAUCUACUGGCUUCGGCGGUCGCAAGGUGACGUCUUCGUCGGCGAGAUUUCCGCGCUUCAGCGCGGCGAGCAGCUCGCUCGAUCAUCAGCCAUCAGACUCUUCCGACCUAUACUGGACGAUGACGGCAUUCUCCGUGUCGGUGGCCGCCUUGAAGCCCUCUCCGACCCAAGUGACCUAAAACACCCUAUCUUGCUCCCAAGCCAUCACCGCCUCACGGCCCUCAUUAUCAUGUAUGCCCACCUCCACCUCUGCCAUGCAAGCAUUCAUACAACGCUCCUCGAUCUCCGCGACAGAUACUGGCUGCUCAAGGGACGACAAACUGUUAAACGCGUACUUCGUCAGUGCCUGCGGUGCCGCCGCACGAGACUUCGUCCAGAAUCCGCGCCUGUCGCCCCACUACCUCGCGAGCGGAUAACACCGACCACCGCCUUCGACGUCACUGGCGUGGACUUCUGCGGUCCGCUGUAUGUCCGAGUCAGCUCAAGCGCCUCAUCUAAAGCAUACGCGGCCCUCUUUACGUGUGCGGUGACUCGAGCAAUUCACCUCGAGCUCGUCACAAAUAUGACCGCCCCGGCUUUUCUUCUCGCUUUCCGCCGUUUCGUCGCUCGACGCGGUGUUCCAUCACUUGUAUACUCCGACAACGCCCGCACGUUCCACCGAUGCGCUCACCUCCUCACUCUCCUGUCCACGGAACCCGUCCAAGAUUUCGCCAGCAAUCUUCGCAUCACUUGGAGGUUUAACCCCCCUUCCGCCCCCUGGUGGGGUGGGUGGUGGGAGCGCAUGAUCCGCACGGUGAAAUCAUCCCUAAGACUGACCCUCCGCCAUAGUCGCAAGACAUUCGAAGAACUGGUCACCAUCCUUCACGAAGUCGAAGCCGCCGUAAACAGCAGACCCCUCACUAGCAUAUCCACGGAUCCUCAAGAGGUGCUCCCUCUAACCCCGUCUCAUUUCCUCGUCGGGAGUCGUAUUGCCAGGCUGCCGCUUCUCGAGAAGGUCCAGCAACAGAGCACGCCCUUGACGUUACGCAGACGGAGCGAACGACGCCAGCAAGCCAUUGAAGUGUUCUGGAAGCGCUGGAAAAGGGAAUAUCUCCUCCAGCUCCGUUCUGCGCACCAAGGUGCUGGCGGAUCUCCUACAGCUCUGAAGCCUGGUGAUCUUGUCAUCGUUGAAGACGACCGCCUCCCACCAUUGUUGUGGAAAACCGCCAUCGUUGUAGCCACACACCCGGGGCGCGACGGGAUCGUCCGGAGCUUCACUAUCAGACUCGCAAACGGAAGAGAAACGUCACGUCCUGCUCAGCGUCUGUACCUGCUAGAGGCCCACGAGGACACCACUGCCGCCCCCGGGAGGAUGUUGGGAAUCGACGAGGACGUUUCUGCCCACGCGAGUACCGAAAGAGAAGGAGGGAUCGCGAGCCAGGCACUCGGGCCUGUACCUUCGUUCAGGCAGUUUGGAUCCGCCCCUCUGGAAUAA